CCAGUCAACCCUCGAAAACUUCCAAUCUUCCUCUCUACAAAACUCUCUUGGCAUCAGUUCAACCACCGUAUCCAUUGUUUAACACUUUUUGGUGCAUAGUAUCUCUCUUAUUCGCACAACGACACAUACCCUCCUUCAAGCCGCACCAACUCAAUACGCGUUCUUCACAAUGAAGUCUUCCAUCAAGCUCUUUGCCGCUACGGCCAUUGUAUCCUACACCGGCUUGGUUGCUGCCGCCCCGACAAACAACUCAAGUCUAGCGAUCCGCGAUUACCCUCCUCAGUUCAUGGUUUGGAAACUCCAACACAGUAUCGACUCAAACGACCGCCGUUAUGUUUUCUGGGAUACCUGGAACCCAAUGCCGUCUUGCGACCAACUCUUAACACAUCAGAGCUUCCAAGUGAGCGAGAGCAACGACGUGAGCAAGACGCGUGGAGUCAGAGUGAAAGGCAGUGAUUCAACACCCAAAGAGAUUGAGUACAAUAUUGGUUCACCUUACGGCCAUAACAGUAAGUUCAUUUCUAUGUCUAUUGAACAUAAUUCUGCUGAUAUCAUCACAUAGCUUACUAUCUGGAUCGUGAGGGCUCCAUUUACGAUGUCAACAACAACGAUAUC